AUGGUUCAAUGCCUGUGGAAUGUUUUCGGGAGCAGUCCGGCUAGCACGAUCGAGAUUCUCUUGACUCCAGAGGAUUUCGGGAAUUUCUCAAAUAGAUCAUUGCUUUUGAGGAUUGGCUACGGCUACAAGGAUGACAACCCAGCGGGAAAUGAGGAAACAGUCUUGGCUACAUUUGACUACCCUGUCCCAGAGAACACAAUGGUGAUCGUUGAGGGCGGAGAAGCUUGGGUAGACAUGCUCGCCCGACAAGAAAUAGGCCCCUUUCGAAUAUUCUCUACUAUUAAAAACGAAGCUUACUUCUUGACAGAGAAAAUCCUUGGUGGCCUUGGGAACGAUUGCAAGAAGGACAACGAAUGCAACGGAUAUGGAAAUCUGAAGUGCGACAAUGAAAUUCGUGACGUCAUGUGA